UCCCCAAUGUCAACAAUGUAGCAAUUUAGAGGAGGCGCGUGCUGGAAAUCCCACCAUCAGCAAAGAGCGAAGCAGAAGCACGCGGUACAGCGUGCAACCCAACGCAGACGGAGAUUGAACUCGAUUUGAACAGUUAGUAAACGAAUAUAUAACCGUGCACGGUCCAGUUGUUAAAGAGCGUCCUGCCGAGCGUGGACACCAUGUGAAAUCGUCUCUCUGAAUACCUUCGUGCAGGAACAAGUGAAACUUUAGGCUCACAGCAAGGAAUGUCUACGGAGGUGAAGCCUGAAGCUCCCAUGUACGUGUAUGAGUCGACGGUGCAUUGUGCCAACAUCCUUCUGUGCCUGAAUGAACAGAGGAAGCAGGACGUCUUGUGUGAUGUGACCGUACUGGUGGAGGGGAGGGAGAUUCGUGCCCACCGGGCAGUGCUUGCGGCCUGCAGUCAGUAUUUCUCUCUGCUGCUCAGGGGCCAGAUGGAACAUGAGCCGCUCAUCAGUCUGCCGGAGAAGAUCACUGAGAAAGGCUUCGGUCCACUCUUGCAGUUUGCCUACACAGCCAAGCUGUUACUAAACAGGGACAACAUCCAGCAUGUCAUGUGCUGUGCAGAAUUCCUGGGCAUGCACAACCUUGAAGACUCUUGCUUCCUUUUCCUACAGGCCCAGAUGAAAAGUGAGGUUGACAACACGCACACCAGCCAAACCCCCCCAUCACCUCACCCUCCGAGUCCGAACCAUCACGGGUCAGAGGACCCAAACAUGAUGUCGAACGAUUCCAAACCACCUUUGUUUGGAUCGAGGCUGCAUCCCCGUGACCUCAGCUCGUCCAAGAACACGGAGCGAUCACAAGUCAACAACGACCUAUAUGACCCACCACUGACCUUCGACCCCCAUCGUUAUCCUAAAUAUAGAAAGUACCAACAGGCUAAGCACAACAUGAACACCUCACACAGCAGUACCUCAAACUUGCACGGUUUACUGCAGGAAACCGUCACCGGUGGCCCGGAUCUCUUUAAGGUGAAAGCAGAACCAACCAGCGGAGAGGGUUCGGUGCCGCUGGACCUGUCUGAGGUUGAGCAGGAUGGUCUGGUCAAGGGAAGGGGGAAUGAAAUGGAGAUUGAGAUGGACAUGGAGUUAGAUGACAGGCAGCUUAGUUCAACACCCAAUGAACUUCCUGUUAGCAAACGUUCACCAGUGUGCCUGCACUCCUUUGUCAAAAAGGAAGUGAUGUCUUCGGAUCCGUGUUUUGCCGUCGAUCUGCAUUGUGCAAAGAGGACCUCUCACGUUCAAGAUGGACAAAAGGACUAUCAGGCUUUUGUUGGGGAACUUGGCGUGACUUCCCCAAAGAGGGCUGAGAAGUUAACUGCUAACAUGUCCAUCAAAUCACCUUCCUUUGAGAGCGACCGAAGAAGCGUCAUCUUUUCAUCCGGGGCCCCCAACCAUCUCCCGGCACAUUCCUACCCACGUGAGAGCUAUCUGUGUCAGGAUGCCCAUGAAGACCCAUGGGCGGGAUCCAGCCAGUCAUUUCCCUGCUCCCAAACACUGUCACACACUUCUGUCUCUCACGAGCCCCCGACGUCCUACCGCAGACGGCCAAAGAGCAGCUGUCCGGUGCCCAUCAAAAUGUGUCCGCGCUCCUCUCGCACCGAGAGUCACAUCAGAACCUCCAGCUCGUGUUCGUCCUAUUCCUAUGCUGAAGAUGGCAGUGGAAGUUCUCCUUCCAGCCUGCCUCAGUUUGAGCUCUCUACCUCGCCUUGUUCCACCAUGGAAAGGUGUCUGACCCUCGAGCACAGGGAGCGCAGUACGACCGGGCCACCCAAGAUCAAGUCCGAGAAGUCGUACGACAGUAAUUCAAGUGACGAGUCUGGAUCGUUCUCUGAUGGAGAUAGCGAAUCGUGUCCGAGCAAAGAGCGCAGACACGCAGAGGUGAAACUGCCGUUUUCAUUGGAUCAGAUCACAGAGCUUCCACGGAACGACUUUCAGUUAAUGGUAAAGAUGCACAAACUGACUUCGGAUCAGCUAGACUUCAUCCACGAGAUGAGACGUCGCAGUAAAAACCGCAUCGCAGCUCAACGCUGCCGGAAGAGAAAGCUGGACUGCAUCCAGAACCUAGAACGUGAGAUUCAUAAACUGGUGUGUGAGCGACAGAAGCUUCUAACCGAACGAAACCAGCUGAAGGUCUGUAUGGGUGAACUCUGGGAAAACUUCUCCUUUUUAUCUCAGGAGGUCUGCAGAGAGGAACAGCAGAUUCCCGGGCAGACCCAAUAUCUGUAUCAUCUUCACUCAGACCCCGUUUUGUCCAGUUCAACCAGUACAGACAAUAAAAUCUCUUCCAGUCCCACCAGCAUAGACCUCACGCUCACCUCGCACAGCACCGUGGAGACAUCUUCAAGGUUAAGUGACUGCCAGGCCAAACAUCAGCGAGAGAACGUGAUGCUCCCGGACGCCGUCAUGUCUGUGAGGUCGGAGCCUUUGCUUCAGACGAGCGGUUCGAACGUGACCAGCGAUUUCUGCCAGGAGAUGUGUGAGAAGUGUACCACAGAUGAGCAGGCCAAGAAGAGCUGAGUUUUCAUUUUUU